AUGAAAUUGAGUUGCAAUGGGUGUCGCAUACUUCGCAAAGGUUGCAAUGAGAAUUGCAUCCUUAGGCCUUGCCUUGAGUGGAUUAACUCCUCUGAGGCCCAAGCCAAUGCCACCCUUUUCCUUGCCAAAUUCUAUGGUCGUACGGGCUUACUCAACCUCCUCAUGGCUGCUCCGCAACACCUUGGCCCAGUUGUGUUCAGGUCAUUAUUGUAUGAGGCAUGUGGGAGAUUAGUGAAUCCUACUUAUGGGUCGUUAGGUUUGUUUUGGACCGGUGAGUGGGCCCAAUGCGAAGCAGCAGUUGAAGCAGUGCUGAGUGGAUCCCAAAUCAAUGGUGUGGCACCUUCUAAUUCACAAACCUUAGGGACACUCGGUGGUGAUCACAUUCUCCCAACGUGUGACAUACGUCAUGUGCCGAAAGUUAAAAUUGUUGAUGAUGUGAGAGUUAAAGCUGGGCUUAAAAGAGUUGGGCCAGUUGUUAAGCCCAAACCGCGAGUGAGUACGGUGGACUCGACUUCGUUGCGGCAACCCAAUUGUGAGAGUAAGAGAAUGAGGGUCAUGGAAGCUUCUUUUGUGAGUCGAGACGACUUGAAUCGAGUCGGUGAAACGGAGUUAAACUUGGAACUAACUCUUGGCUUUCGUUGCCAAUCAACCAGUGCCAAUAAAACAAACUAAUAAUUUUGCCUGUUUAAUUUUUCUUUUUUUAAACUUUUUUAUUCAUUUAUUUCGUGCAGAAAAAUAAAAUAAAAGAAAACAUUGGUAUACAGAUACAGGACAAUGUAUAUGUUGGGAGGGGCUUUUGGUAAGGGUGUGAAACAAAUAUUAUAUUAUUUGUAAUUGUUUUUUAU